UCUGCUUUUGUCGUUUAGCCAGUAACGAUUACUUUAAUGCCUAUUAUAUGUGGGGGUUUUGCUCUUCAAAUGUCUUUCCAUAAGUGACUUCAAGGAUAUCGGGAAAGGAAAUAUCACCAUUCCAGUGGUACAGAAAAAUUCCAAAGGAAACAAUAUUGGGGCCUUCACUUGCUGUAGAAGCUAUUUGCGAAAGACCGAAGAAGUGCAAUGCUAGGAAGCAAUGCGAAUAUUUUUCUGGUUUUUCCUGUUACUAAUGAACAGAGUAGAAGCCAGAGAUAUUGAUGUUGCAGGAUGUCCCCACAAGCACACUGAUAUGAGGUAUCGGGCCAUUAGUGGCCAGAAAUUUGCUGUAUCGUGUGACUUACUAGCUGAAGACCCUGCCUCAAUUUUCAACUCUUCUCGUCUGUAUGAAAGCCAGGUGCAGUGGUACCAGCAAUCAAGCAAUGGAGGAGUCACAGAGCUUCUCCAUAAGGCAACCACCAACCUCACACUUCAGGGGAAUUUCCUUUGGUUUAAUCCAAUAACAGUUCAAGAUUCUGGAACAUAUAUCUGCAUGAAUAGGGAGAAAAAAUGGCCUUGUCUCAAUAUAUUUAUAGCUGUUCAAACAAAGGAAGUGGCUCAUUGUUCAGGUGACAUUGUGAGUAACAGAUAUCUACUUGUUGAACAAGGAGCAUCUAUUGCUUGCCCAGGGAAAAACUGCUACAGCAAUCUUCAGCGCUCAUCAGUGAAAUGGUACAAGAAUGGAAUAAAAGUAAGACUUCGAAAGGACAUAAGACCCAGCCUGCAAUUUAAGCACGAUAAAAUUGUGUUACAUUCUGUCUACGCCAAAGAUAAUGGUACUUAUAUAUGUGAUUACAUGAUGAUUGACAACAAUACCCAGUGGAGAAUGAGAACAGUAGUAGACGUAACAAUCAUCUCAAAAGACACGAUGAAUCCUCCAAAGGUUCUGGAUCCCAGUGAUGUGAGAACUCUGGAAGUAGAACCUGGGCAACUGCUUGAGCUUGAAUGCAAAGCACAGUUUGGUUUUGAAAUGAAAGCUUCCUCUUUGAUGCAAUGGUUCAGAAAAAACAGCAAAAGAAAACAACUGUUGCAGGAAAAAUGGGUUCAUCCAAAGGGGCUAGAAGGCCAAAUCUUCAGUCACAUUUUCAAGCUGACGAAAGUAACUGAAGAGGAUUUAAGCAGCCACUUCAUCUGCCUGGCUCAAAACUCUAUUGGAAACUCUACAGGCAUGUUCAAGCUUAGGAGAACAAAUAAAGCUGUGCCUUUCUUGGUCACUUUGUCUUGUACCGUUAUAAUUUUAUUUGGAGUCAUUUCGGGAGGUGUGCUGAUUUAUUGGCGCUGGAUUGAGCUAGUGUUGUUUUAUCGGAAUUAUCUGGCCAGCGCUGAAACUCUAUAUGAUUCAAAGGAAUUUGAUGCCUUUGUGUCCUACGCAAAACCAGAUUCACCUGAAGCAGAUCAAGCGCUAUACAAUGAGGAGCAAUUUGCCUUGGAGUUUCUCCCACAGGUUCUAGAAAAUGAAUAUGGAUAUAAGCUAUGUCUCUCUGAACGGGAUAUCCUUCCAGGAGGAGCAUACACUGAUGACAUUGUAACCGCUGUCAAAAAGAGCAGACGGGCAAUAAUGAUUUUAAGCCCAAGCUAUUUCAAAAACUCACUGGCCCUCUUUGAACUCAAAGCUGCAGUCAACACUAUGCUGGAAGAUAAGACAAUAAAACUCAUCCUAAUUCAGUUUGAGCCAUUCCAGGAGCCACAGUCGUUGCCUCAUAAGGUGAAGAAAGCGCUCAAGAUUUUGCCCAGGAUUACUUGGAAAUCAGCUACCUCUCCCGCUGCCAAUAAGCCGUUUUGGAAGAAAUUGCGGUAUUACAUGCCAGUGAAACAUAGCAAAGGAGCUCAGGGCGAGUGGCUUUCAUUUCCUCCCUGCCCCUGCAGGUUGCAGAGCAGGAAUGACAGAAAAGCCACUGGUGAGCGGAGAAGCUGA